ACGUCGGACUGCAUGAAUUUGUCAGUAACAGACCAUACUUUUGGACGCUUAUGGGGCCGUUCAACACAGAACGUAUUUUUGCGCCUGUCUCCACUACUUUAUUUGUUUCCCUGUGCAAACAUGCGCUAGACUGAAGUCUUUGAUCGUUGCGCCGCGCUUUUAGACGUCGUGUCAAGUUAAAAAAGAAUUUCAACAGUUGAAAAGGCUUCUCGAGACACUGGCGCUCGUGGCGCUGUUUCUAGAUUUAAGCGCAAGAACGAGUUCUAUGUGAACAGCCCGUUAAAGAGACUUACUGUAUGUCAAAGACACAUGGAUGGAGAUGACCGCUCCAGGACAACUGCGCAUCAACUGACCAAUCAAAACCCGAUAACUAUAUAGUCCAGGCAGUAGGCUAACUUGACAGGGACCUCAAUCGUAGGCUGAUACUAACCAUUCUUCAUUAAUCUCAGUGGUUCGUGUUUUAAGCUGAUUAAUGUUCGAUCCGCUGCCCACGUGCAGCCGAAAGUAAUUUUUGUUUUCAAUUGGCCUCGCGCGCAGUUCAAAGUUCGUCUCAAUACGCGUAAUUGUUUUACUGUUACAGGAUUUUAAAGGGCUCGGACCAGCGCUUGGAACUCAUCCUGAAUGGCUGACGAGUUAAAUGACAUAAAACAGUUGUACAUCUGAUCAUCUUUGGUAGUCCUGGCCGCCAGACGCAUCACAAUAAAUGGAGAACUUGGAUAAUUGUUCUUUAAGGGAAUGAGAGCUUUGUUAAUUUAAUAUCGCAUCAGUUAUUUUUGAAUUCGUUGCAUAUCAAACCAGAACAUAAUGUUUUUGAAUUUGGUGCUUCCACUGAUGGCUACCCUUUUGACAACAGGUGUUCAUGGCCAAAUGGUCCAGAUGGACAGCAGUAAGUCAGGAUUUGUGGGCUCACAGAUAGAGCUGCGCUGUCAGUUUGUCAACAGCAACCCACCUGUAAAGAUUUCCCAGGUCACAUGGCAGAAAUUGGUCAAUGGCACCAAGCAGAACGUGGCCAUCGCCAAUCCUGCGCUGGGUGUGUCAGUGCUGCCACCCUUUAAAGAGCGUGUACGCUUCAAAAACCCUGCUGUCCGCCAGCGCACUCCUUCUCUGGAGGACACCACCAUAGUAUUCAACAAACUGAGACUGUCUGAUGAAUCUACCUACAUCUGCGAGUACACAACCUUCCCAGCAGGCAACAGGGAGAACAUGGUCAAUCUGACUGUUUAUGCUCGCCCUAUGAUCCAGAUGGGUCUGUCUACACCCUCUAUAGUGGCAGGAUCCAAAGACCUGAAGAUGAUUGUUGCCACAUGCGUUUCAGCCAAUGGGAAGCCACCUGGUGUGAUCACAUGGGAAACUGAUUUGGAUGGAGAAUCCAACAACCAGGAGAUCCGCAACCUUGAUGGGACCGUCACAGUGCGCAGCGAUUACUUGGUGGUUCCCAGUCGAGAAAUACACCAACAGCUGCUCACCUGUGUUUCCACAUAUAAUGAUGAACAGUACACUGAAAGUGUAACGCUCAACAUUCAGUAUGAACCAGAGGUAAUAAUUGAGGGCUUUGAUGGGAAUUGGUAUUUGAACAGAGAAAAUGUUCAGCUCACCUGCCUGGCUGAUGCCAACCCACCAAUCUCUUUGUUUCAGUGGAGAUACUUGAACGGUUCUCUGCCGAGUACAGCAGAGGUCCGAGAAGACGUGCUGAUGUUCAAAGGACCUGUAACCUAUGACAUAACAGGGAAAUAUAUCUGUGAUGCCUCCAACAGCAUUGGGACAGGAUCAGCAUCCAUUGAGGUCACCGUCACAGAAUUCCCUAGUUACCCACGUGAGAUGUCUCAGGAGCAACAUCAUGUUGGUACUGUCAUUGGUGGAGCUGUUGUGUGUGGUGUGGUACUUUUGGCGGCCAUUACUCUCCUGGUAGUGUUUGUCUAUCGGCGGAGAUGCAGGUUUAAAGGAGAUUACAGUACCAAAAAGCAAAUCCUUGGAAAUGGCUAUGACAUGGCUGGCAGCCUGCCCCAGCAUCCCUCUCAGAGCAUGACCUUCUCCGAAGACUCAGAUGAAGAGAUGAAAAAGCUUGAAUUUUACAGAGGCUCCAGUUUAUUAGGAGGAAGCAUUCAGGAGUUUCACAACAGCCAAGAUAGCAGAAUGGCCUACCACACGGAACUCACUGAGGAGCAUGAGAGGUGUGGAUACAAUGAGCAGACUUACAUUUAUGAUUAUGGAUCUGAGGUAGAAGUCUCAGUGGACAUGGUUCCUCAAAUGGAUGGCUCUGUCAUUUCCAAAGAAGAGUGGUAUGUGUAGAAGACUUUGAGCUAAUCAGACACGUUUAUCGUCUUCUACCAUCCCCUCAAACUCAUUCCUUGCAGACUCAUUCCUUGCCAUCUCCCUCCUUUAAAGCAGGAAUUGGGUUACAUUUGUGUGAUUAUCUGAAUUGUUGACAUGAAAGUCCAAACUAAUGAAGGAUGGUUCUGAACUGACAAAUGAUUGGCCAUGUCAUUGAUUUUGCAUGAGAUAAUGACCUCUUACAAACACUAAAAGCUUUUGCAAGCUGGAUGUGGGUUGAAAUCUUAAGGAUGCCCUGCCAUUGUAUUGAGAAAACAGUUUUGCUUCUGUGUUUACUCAUUUGUUUUAUUGCCAUUUGUUUUAAACUGUGGUAUGUCCCAUAAACUGUGAAAGUCUUACACUGGAUAUAAUUUUGCACAGAAUAGUGACUUUCUGGCUGCUUUUAUCACAGCUCUUAAAUACAACUACCCUGGAAACACAUACAGCUAAAUCAAAUAUUUUCCACAAUUAACCUCUAUAAUAAGUCCUUGCACUGUAUCAGCAAUUUACUGCAUACCUUAGUGGUAAAGUGUUUACAUGUAGUGUCAAUGCCAUAAUAUUACAUAAUAUGAUGUACUACAUAAAUGGUUUAAAUAGUUUUUUUUUAGGUCUCUUUGUGUAAACUAAUGUUUUAACUAAUGUUUCUUGUGGGUGUCCUUGGUGGGUGAUCGCCCUGGGCAUCAUAAUCAGUAUAGCAGGCACAAUACUUGAUCAACAAACAGCAGCGGUACAAGUAC